AUGUCAAAUUUUGCUUAAUUUCUGGAGGACAUCAGUGAUUUCAAAGAUAGACCUGUUAAAUUGAAAUAAAUCAAAAAAGUUCUGAAGAUAAAUGAGAAAAGCUUUCCGCCUUGCAAAAAUAUCCUGAAUUAUUAUUUCUAAGAGUUUUCAAAACGUACAAAUGAAGAACAUCGUACAAAGUGGCACAGGAAAGAUAAAAUCCUAUUUGUCUGGACUGUAUUGAAAUAUUUUGAAUUAACAACUAAGACUGAUCUAAAUCCUUCUGAUUAAGAUUGGCAAUAUCUAUCUUCUGUUUUAGGAGUCACAGAAUAAUUGCUCAAUUUAAAAUGGAUUAGUAUGUUAAAGACUAAUUUAAAAAUGGCUCCUUGGAAUGCUGAAGAAGAUGAAGUUCUACAAAAUUUGAUUACCGAUCCAAGUGAAAAUAAGAAUUGGACUCAAAUAACUAUUGAUUUUAAUAGGGCUAAUCCAGCAAAAAUAGUUAGACAUGCGAAAUAGAUUCGAGAAAGGUGGAACAAUUAUUUAAAUCCUGACUUAAAAAAAUCUGAAUGGUCUUAACCAGAAUAAUUGCAAUUAUUGUUGCUCGUGUAGGAGAUAGGAAAAAGAUGGUCUUUAAUUUCUAAACGUAUUUAGGGAAGGACUGAAAAUUAAGUAAAAAAUUAAUACAAUUCUAUGAUGAACAAUUAUAGAAGACAGAAUCAAUUGGACAAUGAAGACAUAGCCAUUCAUAAAUUGUUGGCCAAUUUAUAAGGUAAAGAUUAUGAAGGUCCUGUUCCAUUAACUACCAAGCGUAUUAGAAAAUAGAUCAACAACAAUAACAACAAUAACAUCAACAAUAAUAACAAUAGUAAUAACAAGGAUACCGUACUCUAUAAUAAUGAUUAGCCAUAUAUGUAAAUUGAAAAUAAUGUAAUGAAUGAGAUAAAAGAGGAGCAUCAAUAAGAAUAAUCACAAUAGUAGUUUUAAAUCUAAUAGUAAUUUUUAUAAUAAUAAUAAUCCUAAUUACAAUAGUAAUAAUAAUAACAAUAAUAAUAAUAACCUCUUGUACUUGGAUUGCCAGUAUAUUCGCCUAUGUUACCGUUUUCACCAUUACAUUAUUUGUUAUAAUAAAGUCCCAAUAAUAUUUCAUCCCCUUACGAAAUAAGGAACAAAAAUUAUUCUGGACAAUUGCAAUUGUUUGAUGAAUAUAUGAAAUCGACAAAUAAUUUGGAUUCCAGUGCUCCCCAGUAGGAUGUGCCUUGCUUAUUGAGAUUAUUUAACUCGCCAGCCUUUAGCAACUAAGGAUUUCCUUAUGCUACCAUGCCCUUCUAAUAACCUACUUAAUAGCAAUCAACUUACAACAUGAAAAAGAUAAAUAAGAUUUAAAAGGAAUUGCUAAAAUUCGAUACAGGUUUAAAUAAAGAAGGCUGA